AAGCACCGCCUCGUCCUGCCCCUCAACAACAGCUUACAGAACGGUUAUGAAAAAGACGAGCUUUUGAUUCACAUUAGACUUGCAGCUUCACUUGAGUACUGCAGUGCAUUCUGUCUUAUAGAUAUUUCCCGAAGUGUUUACAGUGUUGACUUGUGCAUUUGAGCUUUUGUUGUAGCAUACUGACGGAAGGAAGAUUCACAGCUGAGAGAUUUAAUGAUGACGACAUCAUGGAGCGAUCGACUUCAGGACUAUGCAGAUCUCCCAGCGAACAUGGAUGGCCUGGCGAUGAAGAAAUACAGGAGAGAGGCCUAUCAUAGAGUGUUUGUGAACAGAAGUCUGGCCAUGGAAAAGAUUAAAUUCUUCGGCUUUGACAUGGAUUACACUUUAGCAGUAUACAAGUCUCCCGAAUACGAAUCGUUGGGCUUUGAUCUGACUGUGGAGCGGCUGGUCUCCAUUGGCUACCCACAGGAACUACUCGGAUUUGUUUAUGACCCCACUUUCCCUACAAGAGGUCUGGUGUUUGACACCAUGUAUGGCAACCUCCUGAAGGUAGAUGCUUAUGGAAACAUCCUGGUUUGUGUCCAUGGCUUUAACUUCCUGCGAGGCCCUGACACCCGAGAGCUCUAUCCCAACAAGUUUAUCCAGCGUGAUGACACAGAACGCUUCUACAUCCUCAACACACUCUUUAACCUUCCAGAAACAUACCUCUUAGCCUGCCUGGUUGACUUCUUCUCAAACUGUGACCGAUAUUCAAGGGGGAGAGAGCUUUCCUGUUUGGCUCGGACAACCUCAAACAAGGGAAGACUCUGUGAAAAGGGCUUUAAGGAUGGAGACCUCUUCAUGUCCUUCAAGAGCAUGUUCCAAGAUGUCCGAGACGCUGUAGACUGGGUACAUUUCAAGGGAACAUUGAAAGAGAAAACCGUGGAAAACCUGGAGAAGUAUGUUGUGAAAGAUGCCAAGUUGCCGUUGCUGCUGAGCCGCAUGAAUGAAGUCGCUAAAGUUUUCUUAGCUACCAACAGUGACUUCAAAUACACAGACAAAAUUAUGACAUACUUGUUUGACUUCCCCUAUGGCCCAAAGCAUGGCACUCCACACCGUCCAUGGCAGUCAUACUUCGACCUCAUCCUAGUGGAUGCUAGAAAGCCUUUAUUUUUCGGAGAGGGAACUGUUCUAAGACAGGUGGAUACGACUACAGGCCGGCUGAAAAUAGGAACAUACACUGGACCUUUACAACAUGGCAUUGUUUACUCUGGAGGUUCUUCUGACAUUGUGUGUGACCUGCUUGGAGCAAAAGGGAAGGAUAUUUUGUACAUUGGCGAUCACAUUUUUGGAGAUAUUCUUAAGUCCAAGAAGCGUCAGGGUUGGCGGACGUUCCUGGUGAUUCCUGAAUUGGCUCAGGAGCUGCAUGUUUGGACAGACAAAAGCUCUCUGUUCGAGGAACUGCAGGGCUUGGACAUUUUCCUGGCAGAACUAUACAAGCAUUUGGACAGCAGCAGCAAUGAGAGGCCAGAUAUCAGUGCCAUCCAGAGAAGAAUGAAGAAAGUGACUCAUGACAUGGACAUGUGCUACGGGAUGAUGGGAAGUCUGUUCCGCAGUGGCUCUCGGCAGACUCUGUUUGCGUCUCAGGUGAUGCGUUACGCUGAUCUGUAUGCUGCCUCAUUCAUCAACCUGCUCUACUACCCCUUCAGCUACCUGUUCAGAGCCGCUCACGUGCUGAUGCCCCAUGAGUCCACAGUGGAGCACACUCAUGUAGACACAGAUACUGAGUCUCCUCUGGCCACACGCAACCGCCACUGUGUGGACUGCAAGGACAUUGACUGUAAAAGAAACCACCUCACACGCUCCAUCAGCGAAAUCAAACCAACCCACCUGUUCGCUCAGCCGCCGCAGGAAAUCACCCACUGCCACGACGAAGAUGACGACGAAGAGGAGGAGGAGGAAGAGUAGAUGUUUUUGACCUAUUCUAGGGAAAUGAACUGUAGGGUGAGGAUGAUAGAAUGAUGAGGAUAUCGUGUGAGGAGUAGACUAUAAUUGUCAAACCAAGCUCAAAAACCUUACCAGACUUCACCCAAACUGACAUAAAGAUAACUAAA